GAGACUGGUUUGGUGCAAUUGCAGUUAGUGAACCGCAGUUGCUGCUAUGGCUGGAAAACCCGUGCUUCACUACUUCAAUGCCCGGGGCCGAAUGGAGUCCAUCCGGUGGCUCCUGGCUACAGCAGGGGUGGAGUUUGAAGAGAAGUUUAUAGACACUCCAGAAGAUUUGGAAAAGUUAAGGAAAGGUGGAGAUCUGAUGUUUGAGCAGGUGCCCAUGGUGGAGAUUGACGGGAUGAAGCUGGUACAGACCAGAGCCAUCAUCAACUACAUCUCCACCAAAUACGACCUUUACGGGAAGGACAUGAAGGAGAGAGCCCUGAUUGACAUGUAUUCAGAAGCUAUUUACGAUCUGACUGAAAUGAUCGGGCAACUGGUGCUAUGUCCCCCAGACCAAAAAGAAGCCAAGGUUGCCUUGACAAAGGACAGGGCCAAAACCCGUUACUUGCCUGCCUUUGAAAAAGUGUUGAAGAGCCACGGACAGGAUUACCUUGUAGGCAACAGGCUGAGCAGGGUGGACAUUCACCUGUUGGAGCUUCUUCUCUACGUUGAGGAGCUUGACUCCAGCCUUCUGGCCCCUUUCCCUCAGCUGAAGGCCCUGAAGACCCGGCUCAGCAGCCUCCCCAAUGUGAAGAAGUUCCUACAGCCCGGCAGCCAGAGAAAGCCUCCCCUGGAUGCGAAAACACUCGAAGAAGCGAGAAAGAUUUUCAAGUUUUAGUAAGGCGGCAUUGACCGAGUCCUCGUGUCCCAUUCCCUGGUGUUUUGCAAAACUGAGAAGCAACUGUUGAUCCUGGCCAUUGUGAGAUAAUAAACUUGAA